AUGGUGUUCUCCGUCGGGCUGGAGCACCUGGCCGUCGUUGCGUACGUUCCCACUGAGAAGACCAAAGAGCUCAGUUGCGAGGAGUGGCUGGCGCAUGUGCUGGGCACACAAGGUGGAGAGGUGGUCACCAAGGGCAAGGAGCUGUGCACUGGCAAAGUUAAGACCAAUGCAGACAAGGGCAUCUUCCCUCUGAAGAUCCGGGAGCCCAUGAUCCUGGAGGCUCCGGGUUUGGGGUGCCGGCCGCGGCUCAGAGCCAAGCGGGGCGCUUCACCCAAGAAGGUCGCUGCCGUGCCAAAGAGGCCGGCUGCGCCCAAGGCGGAGAAAGCGGAGUCAGCCAAGGCUCCCUUUGCCAAACAGCUAUUGGAUACGGCCGAUGUGCAAACGGUCCACUUCUGGAUUGUGAAAAGAGCUGAAAUCAGACCAGCAGUUGAACGUAUUGUCCAGGAUCUGGUCCAUGCAGUUUUUGCAUACGGCACGCUCCGCGGUGGACUCAGUGCAUGCGGGGACUUCCAGGACACCGGGGACAACUGGGGCGUCAUCGAGAGUACAGGUGCCGCAUGGCUCCGCACGUCCGUGACUGGCUUUAAGCUCUUUCAAGAGGACAGGGCUUUCUAUCCUUUCGCUGUGCAAAGCGAUGAGGAGCAGGACCGUCUGCAUGGAACGAUCCUCAUAUGGCCUGCCGGAGACGUCUCGAGGAAGGCGAUCGCGACCUGCGACAGAAUCGAGGGCUUCGACCCCGAGCAUCCGAACGACGGCUUGUACUGCCGCGCCCUCGUGGAUGCCCCCGUGCCUCUAGAAGCUCUGAAAGCGAAGAUGAAGGAGCAGCCGUGGCUCAAGCAAGCGCUGGAAGGCCUUGACAAGGAAGCGCUGGACCAGGCACCCUUCAGAGUAGGUCGCAUCACCAAUGCAAUCGGAAUUCCUCGCUACGGUCCAGAAUAUGGGUUGGGAAUCGCAAAAUUUCUUGUCUUUACCAUAUUUCUCGUGCACUUCUUGGAGGAGCAUAUCUCUGUCAGGGCUUUUGUCUACCACCAGCCUAUGGGCGACAAAGCAGAUUGCUCGAAGGCUUUUCCAGGUGGCGACUGGCUGGAGUCUCGUCUAAAGGACGUGAACUCGGGCUGA